AUGGGGAAAGCCAACAAAGACAAACGUGAUUUAUAUUAUAGACGGGCUAAAGAAGAAGGUUGGAGAGCAAGAUCGGCUUUUAAAUUACUACAACUAAAUGAAGAAUUUGAUCUUUUUGAAGGCAUUACUCGAGUAGUUGACCUUUGUGCAGCACCUGGAUCUUGGUCACAAGUAUUAUCUCAAAAAUUGGGUCCCAAUUCCACUAUUGUUGCUGUUGAUUUACAGCCAAUGACUCCCAUAGAUGGGGUGACAACUAUUCAAGCAGAUAUCACUCAUCCAAAGACCUUACAAAGAAUACGAGAUUGUUUUGGUGGUGAACCUGCAGAUUUUGUUUGUAGUGAUGGUGCCCCUGAUGUUACUGGAUUACAUGAUUUAGACGAAUAUAUUCAAUCUCAAUUGAUCUUAUCGGCAUUACAAUUGACAACAUGUUUGUUGAAACCAGGUGGUAGUUUUGUUGCCAAAAUUUUCCGUGGUCGUGAUAUUGAUUUGUUAUACAGUCAAUUAAGCUAUUUAUUUGACAAAGUGAUAUGUGCCAAACCAAGAUCCAGUAGAGGCACAUCACUAGAAGCAUUUAUAGUAUGUCUUGGAUAUAAACCACGCCCAGGCUGGCAACCAACAUUAGAUAUCACCAAAUCGACAGAAGAGUUUUUCGAAGGUGCCAAUAUUGGGAAACAAACAACAACACAAGUAUUGGAAUAUUCUGAAGAGGAAAGAAAAAUAGCUCCAUUUAUUGCUUGUGGUGACAUUAAUGAUAUAGAUUCAGAUGCUACCUACAGUUUAGAUUUAAGCACCCUAACGUUAGAUCCGGUACAAAAACCAACAGCACCGCCAUAUAAAAAAGCAUUGGAAAUGAAACGCAGAGGGGAUUUACAUAGACGAUAA